AACAUAUGUCCAUGGUUAAUUGAAGAUGCAGACAAUAACAAAAAAAAUGGACGACAAGAGAGAAGAAGUUAUGCACAUAGCCAUGUUUCCAUGGUUAGCUAUGGGUCAUCUCCUUCCUUUUCUUCGUCUCUCCAAGCUACUAGCUCAAAAGGGUCACAAAAUCUCUUUCAUAUCUACACCAAGAAACAUCCAAAGACUUCCCAAAUUACCAUCAAACCUCUCCUCCUCCAUUACCUUCGUCUCUUUCCCUCUCCCUUCCAUCUCCGGCUUGCCUCCUUCUUCAGAAUCCUCCAUGGACGUUCCUUACAACAAGCAACAGUCUCUCAAAGCCGCCUUUGAUCUUCUUCAGCCACAACUGAAAGAGUUUCUCCGACGGUCUUCUCCGGAUUGGAUCAUAUAUGACUACGCUUCUCACUGGCUUCCUUCUAUUGCAACGGAGCUUGGAAUCUCGAAAGCUUUCUUUAGUCUCUUUAACGCAGCUACUCUCUGUUUCAUGGGACCGUCUUCGUCGUUGAUUGAGGAAUCUAGAUCAACGCCGGAAGAUUUCACGGUGGUGCCUCCGUGGGUUCCGUUUAAGUCAAACAUCGUGUUUCGUUAUCAUGAAGUCAGUAGAUACGUUGAGAAGACAGAGGAAGAUGUAACCGGAGUCUCUGACUCUGUCCGGUUUGGUUACACGAUUGACGGGAGUGAUGCGGUUUUUGUCCGUAGUUGUCCCGAGUUUGAACCGGAAUGGUUUAGUUUACUACAAGAUUUGUACAGUAAACCGGUUUUUCCAACCGGGUUUCUUCCUCCGGUUAUUGAAGAUAACGACGAUGAUACUACAUGGGUUCGUAUAAAGGAGUGGCUCGACAAGCAACGAGUCAACUCAGUGGUUUACGUGUCACUUGGCACUGAAGCAAGUCUUCGUCGUGAGGAACUCACCGAGCUAGCUCUUGGGUUGGAGAAGUCAGAAACACCUUUCUUUUGGGUUCUAAGGAACGAGCCACAGAUUCCAGACGGGUUCGAGGAAAGAGUCAAGGGACGUGGCAUGGUUUAUGUUGGUUGGGUUCCACAAGUGAAAAUACUUAGUCACGAGUCAGUGGGAGGGUUCUUGACACAUUGUGGUUGGAACUCAGUUGUUGAAGGGUUAGGGUUUGGUAAAGUUCCGAUCUUUUUGCCGGUGUUGAAUGAACAAGGACUUAACACGAGGUUGUUGCAAGGGAAAGGACUUGGUGUUGAGGUUUUAAGAGAUGAGAGAGAUGGAUCAUUUGGUUCUGAAUCGGUCGCUGACUCGGUUAGAUUGGUGAUGAUUGAUGAUACUGGCGAGGAGAUAAGGGAAAAGGCAAAGGUGAUGAAGGGUUUGUUUGGAAACAUGGAUGAGAAUAUUCGUUAUGUUGAUGAACUUGUUGGGUUUAUGAGAAGUAAAGGGUCAUCAUCAUCAUCAUGAUCUCGUUGUUGAUAUGAUUUUGACUUGUCCAUUACGGCUGCCGUGGGAGAAUUCAAUCU